GCUUUAAGCCUUAAGCCCAUCACGAUGUUUUCGUAUUUUGCAGUCACGUUAUGAAAAUUAAAUUUUUUUCUCAUUAAUUGUUCAAUGUUUAUGUUUAAAAUGUUAUUAGUUAUGUUAUUUUAUUAAUAAGUUUGUUAUAAGCUUUUAUAAUUCAAAUAUUUACAAAGCCUGCGAGUUUUUUUAACUUUUAAGUGAAAAACUGAAGCUAUUUACAAUGACACUGGGAGUCAAUGAGGGGACUUUGACGAAUUCAACCGAUAAACAAUUAAAUGGUUCUGUGAAUAUGGUUUGCGAUGGCAAAACAACAGCUAUAAAGUUAAAAAAAGAAAAUUGCAUUGUUAAUGAAACUAAUACUUUAGAUGUUGAGAUGAACAAUACAUUAAUUAAUAAUGUAGAUGCAGUUAACAAUAAUGGAACCCUCAAAGAAGGGAAAACGAGUAGUAAAAAUAUUGGCAAGAAAGAUCAAGCUAACAAUCAAAAUGUUGAAGAAUCAAAAGGGAAUAGUAAUUCUCCUAGUGAAGAUAGUUCUGAAGAGAGUACAGAAAGUGAUAAAAAACAAGAUACCGAAGUAAUAUUUAUACAAGACCUUGGAUUUAAUGUAAAAAUUAUAUGUCCUGGAACUGAAGCUUUUGAAAUACAAGUAUCAAGUAUGGAACUUGUUCAGGAGAUUCAUCAACUUCUUAUGGAUAGAGAGGACACGUGUCAUAGAACCUGUUUUUCAUUACAAUUAAAUGGAAUAACAUUGGAUAAUUUUUCUGAAUUAAAAACUAUCAAUGGCCUUAAAGAAGGUUCUAUCAUUAAGGUGGUGGAAGAACCUUACACUAUGCGUGAAGCUAGAAUUCAUGUACGUCACGUUAGAGAUAUAUUAAAGUCGUUGGAAAUGGCCGAUGCUUAUAAUGGUGUUGAUUGCAACUCCCUAUCGUUUUUAAAUGUUGUUACUCAAGGUGAUAUAUUAGAAAAGAAAAAAACUCGCUCAGAUAGUGUAGAUUGUACUCCUCCUGAUUAUAUUAUGCCUAAUAGUAAAGAUCGGCCAUUGCUUCCAUUGCAUCCUACUUCUAAAGAUCUAAAAGGCCCUCAAUGUAUUAAGGUUCUUACUACAUCAGCUUGGAAUCCUCCUCCUGGUUUUCGUAAAAUGCAUGGCGAUUUAAUGUAUUUGUACGUUAUUACACUAGAGGAUAAACACUUUCACAUAACUGCUUGUACUAAAGGAUUUUUCAUUAAUCAAUCUACCAAUGAAGAGUUUGAUCCCAAACCAGCAAUGCCAAAUCAUUUGUGCCAUUCUUUAAUUGAAUUACUCAGCCAAGUUAGUGCUGCCUUUAAACGGAAUUUUGCAAUACUUCAAAAAAAAAGAACCGCUCGUCAUCCUUUUGAAAGAGUUGCUACACCUUACCAGGUUUAUAGCUGGGCUUCUCCUCAACUUGAACAUACUUUAGAUGCAAUCCGGGCUGAAGACACGUUUUCAUCAAAAUUGGGCUAUGAGGAACAUAUACCUGGUCAAACCCGAGAUUGGAAUGAAGAAUUACAAACAACAAGAGAACUUCCACGCAAAAAUUUGCCUGAGCGCUUAUUAAGAGAAAGAGCUAUUUUUAAAGUACAUGGUGAUUUUGUAGCUGCUGCUACACGCGGUGCAAUGGCUGUUAUAGAUGGCAAUGUUAUGGCCAUAAAUCCUGGAGAAGAAGCAAAAAUGCAAAUGUUUAUCUGGAACAAUAUAUUUUUUUCAUUAGGUUUCGAUGUAAGAGAUCAUUAUAAAGAACUAGGUGGAGACGCAGCUGCAUUUGUUGCACCUCGAAAUGAUUUACAAGGUGUCCGAGUAUACAGUGCUGUCGAUUUGCCUGGACUGUAUACAUUAGGCACUGUAGUUAUUGAUUAUAGAGGAUAUAGAGUUACAGCUCAGUCUAUAAUACCUGGAAUAUUAGAAAGAGAACAAGAACAAUCAGUUGUAUAUGGAUCAGUAGAUUUUGGUAAAACUGUUACUACAAAUCCCAAAUAUAUAGAGCUGCUCAGUCAAGCAGCACAACAGUUAAAAAUAAUGCCACAUAAAGUAAUAAGUGAAAAAAAAGAAGUAGUUGAAUUGUGUUCCUCCGUAGAGUGUAAAGGAAUAAUUGGAAAUGACAGUCGUUAUUAUAUUUUAGAUCUUCUACGAACUUUCCCCCCAGAUGUCAAUUUUCUAAUACUUGACGAAGAUAUAUUAAGUAAGGAAGUCAAAUCUUUGGGAUUUCCUAUUCAGCAUAGACAUAAACUAUGUUGUCUAAGACAGGAACUGAUUGACUCUUUCAUUGAGACACGCUAUAUGAUGUUCAUUAAAUAUGCAGCAUUCCAUUUACAACAUUUAAAUUUAUGGAAAAAUCAAAAAAGCACUGAUAAUAAUUCUGAAACUAAUAAUCAGAUCAAAGGAAUAGUCAAUCAAAUAGCUGAGAAAACUAUUGAGAAUGAAAUUCAAGAUACUAAAGAUGUUGAUAAAUCUAGUGACGAAAUAAUUAGUGAAGAAACUUUAGAUGCAAAAAAAAAAGUUUUGGAGACAAUUACUGAGACAGCUGUUAAAAAUAAUGAUGAUAAUAGUACAAAGGAAGUUGUCAAAAAAGCCGCUCUUAAAGUUGGUUCUCUUAAAGAUACAGAAUUUGAUAUAAGAUUCAAUCCAGAUGUUUUUUCACCCGGUGUAAAACAUUUUGAUUUAAAUUCUGUCCAAUUUCAACUAGAAAAAAAAUUAGUUGUUGAUGCUGCUGAAUAUUUAUUGUUGUCGCAGAUCCCAUUAUUUAUAAGAGACUGUAUGGAUCAUUCAUCUGCACCCAUGGAUGGACAAAUGUUGUCUGAGAAUUUACAUACAAGAGGCAUAAAUAUUCGCUAUUUGGGAAAAAUAGCAGAAAAAUUAUCAAAAAUUAAACGUCUUGAAUACUUAUAUAGCAUAACUGUCACAGAAUUAAUCACUAGAGCUGCUAAGCACAUAUUUAAUUCUUACAUACAAUCUGCUGAACUUAUGAGUUUAGCUAAUGCUGUAAGUCAUUUUUUGAACUGCUUUGUGUCCUCCUGCUCAUCCCCACAUCCUCAAAAUACAUUAGAUGAUGUAAAACCAACUAAAAAGCGUAACAAACGAAAGGGUCGACUGAAUCGAUUAUUUACUGUUGACAAUAAAGAAUGGGCUAAUUUGACACGUCAAACAUUGUGGACACAAAUUCGAACAGAACUUAAAUCUUACUAUGCUUGGGAACUAGUGUCAGAAACAGUUGAAUCUAUUUGUGAACACUACUCUAUUCAGAAAAUAUCAUUGCUAAGGUCAUUUUGUUUAAAAACUGGUACACAGAUAUUAUUACGUGAAUAUUCCUUUGAUGCGAAAAAUAGGUUUACGUUUUUCGAAGAAGAUAUCAUCAAUAUGUUCCCAGUUGUCAAGCAUAUCAAUCCAAGAGCAACUGACGCAUUUCAUUUCUACACUACUGGUCAAACUAAGAUUCAACAAGGUCUUUUGAAAGAAGGGUAUGAUUUAAUUAUGGAAUCUCUUACGCUGUUGAAUAACGUUUAUGGAGCGAUGCAUCCUGAAAUUGCCCAGUGCUUAAGAAUGUUGGCUAGAUUGAGUUACAUAAUGGGCGAUUAUAGUGAAGCUAUGGCAUUCCAGCAAAAAGCUGUUUUUAUGUCUGAACGAGUAAAUGGAAUUGAUCACCCAUACACAAUUACUGAAUAUAUCCAUUUAGCUCUAUACUGUUAUGCAAAUAAUCAAAUCACUACUGCCCUAAAGUUAUUGUAUCGAGCUCGUUAUUUAGCCGUAUUAAUUUGUGGUGAAAACCAUCCAGAAAUAGCUUUAUUAGAUAGCAACAUCAGUCUGAUUUUGCAUGCCGUUCAAGAAUAUGAUCUUUCAUUAAGAUUUUUAGAGAAAGCUUUAGCGUUAAAUAUUAAAUUUUAUGGCCCUAAAUCAUUAAAAGUGGCGGUUAGUUAUCAUUUAGUUGCACGGACUCAGAGUUGUAUGGGCGAUUUUCGGUCUGCAUUAAGUAACGAAAGAGAAACUUAUGCAAUCUACAAACAACAAUUUGGUGAAAAACAUGAGAAAACACAAGAAUCAUCAGAUUGUCUAAAACAUUUAACUCAUCAGGCAGUAGUAUUGCAGAAAAAAAUGAACGAAAUCUAUACGGGGAAAUCUGGGGCCACCUUACCUCCCAUUCAAAUACACCCUCCAUCCAUGGGUAGUGUACUCGAUAUGCUCAAUGUCAUUAAUGGAAUUCUUUACGUACAGAUUAGUCAGCAAGAUUUGGAAAACUUUAAGGCAGAAGUAGAAAAACGUUCAGAAACUUUAGAUUCUGUCAAUGUACUAUCAGAGCAACAAGAUUGUGCAAGUUGAGUACUUUCAAAACACGUAGUAAGUUGAUCUUAAACUUUCAGAAUUUUGAAUGUGAUGAGACAACUUAAGUAGUCAUUAUUGAUGCUCAUUUUUAUUUUUUAAUUGUUUUUUUUUGUUAGUUAAUAUUUUCUUCUGUUUUGUUACUAGAAUUCAUACACUUAUGAACUUUCCAUAUUUUGUGUAGUGUCGUUUAUCUAGUCUGAUUUUUUUUUCUGAUUUAUUGCGUAACAUUGAAAAAGAACUGAUAUCAUGAGCUCCUUGAACAAAAGCCAAGAAACUUUUAUUUUAUUUUUAAGUGUUAUUUUUUCUGAUUUAUUUUGUUGUCUUAAAAAUUUAAAUUUAAAAAGCUUUUAUUAUAUAUUUUUUUUUAGUAAAAUGUUAUAAUUUUUGUGUAAAGGGCUCAUAUAAAAAGUAAUAUAAAAUAAUUCCUAGUAGAAUUUAAGCAUGCUAUGUACAAAAUUAAUAACACAUUAUCAGGCUAAGAUUUUUUUAAAAAGCAAUAUUUUUUAUACUAACUGUUAUGUAUUUAAAGGCUACUGAAAAUUAAAUAUGCUGUAAUUUGUUUUUAGUACUACUAAGUCAACCAAAUGAAAUGUUAGACUGGUAACAAGACAGUAGAUAUAUUUUAGAAAGUUUGUUGAAUAUUUGUAUACAAACUGUUAUAGUUUAAAAUAACAUUAAUAAAACAGAUGGUUUUUUUAUGA